UCGGAAUAAUAUGAAGCGGCUAUAUUAAUUGUAACACAUUUGGUUGUUUUGUCUUAAUCUCUCUUGUGCUGUUUUUGAAUCUUAUCAGUUAUCUUCCUUCUAAAUGUAACUUCAUUUUACAUGUUUACUGAGUUGUUAGCUCACCUCUCUCACUCAAUUCUCACAACCUGCUCCUUUGCACUCAAGGUAGCUUCAGGCAAGUCGCAAACUUGCCAAAGGCGGUUCGAAAUUCUUUUCGUGGUGUUGAGUGUGAUGUCUUAUAUCUGCUUCCUAUUCCGACAUGACUGUAUGAACUUACUUUGUUUUUAGCAUAAUGGAGGAUAGUAUGAACCAUUUGCUUAUGCAAUCAACCUUGAUGGAAGCUUUAGUUGGGAAAGUUAAUAAUCAAUUGGCGAAACUGAAAUAUGAAUCAAAUGUUUACGAAAAAUCGCUUCAUUUCUUGCUGAAAAGAAAUACUUUAGAUUGUGGUCAAAAAGUAUCAGUCAAGGACUUGCUGAACCAAUAUGUGAUUAGACGUUUGUUGUUGAGUCAGGCUAGUGUGAAUGAAUUAUAUGGUUCACAAAAAACCAGGGAUUUGGUCGGAAGUAUUGGACUAAUUGUUAUGCAAAGUUUUGAAGAGCUUGAACAUAUAAGAAAUAAACCCCUAAAUCACAACAAGGCUAGUUCUGAUGUUCUAGUUGACAAACAACUGUCUCAUAUACGGAGUUUCCUUGAAAUUGGCAGUAAAAGAAAACAUUUGUUUUCCCUUCAAUCUGAGCUUCAAAAUCUCAAGUGCAUUCAGUGGAAAGGUGGUAUAUCAAAAGCUGAUUUAAAUGCCAAACUCCAAUUAAUAGAGCUUCAAUCGAAGGUUCACUACAUAAAACAUCGUAUUAGAAAGCUGCGAUCUGAAGUAGAAUGUAAUAAAACAUACAUUUCUGGAUGUGAUGUAUUAGGUGCGGAAAUAGCGAAUUUCGACAGUCUUCUGGAAGAGAAAUGGAAAAUGAUUCACCGUCUGCAUGAAGAAAAUGAAAAGCUGUUAGAUAAUCUCCCUUUAAUAUGUCGUCAGACGAAACAAAUUAAGCAGCAACUUUCGGAUCAAAUAACCGAUACACAUCAAAUAGUGCAUGAACUGACGAGCAACAACUUACUGCGUGAUAUUAGUGAAAGGAUUCAAGAUAUUUCACUUAACGAGAGAACAUUUCCCAGUGGAAAUACUUAUGCCAAUAUUCUGCGUACUGAUGGUUUAUACAUAAAUUGCUGUAAAUUAUAUUCUCUGGAACCAAAUCUCAAGAUUCCAGAUGUCCUACUAAAAUGUAUUCUGACACAAAUCCGAGAAAGUUGGCUAGCGGAGAAUAGUUUCAAACUGUUACGUUAUCUUGUAGUGAAUUUGAACAAAGAAUUUCAUACUAGUGAAAAACUGCAAAGUAAGAUAACUUUCUUUGUAACGCAACAAAUGCUACAAUUUAAACUGUUAUUUUUUUUUCUAUUUUUGUAUACGCAGAUAAAGCAAUAUUCAUUUAUUGAUAGUGAAUAGUAUUCAGGCAAAGUUAUCAACAACUGACUAAUUUUGUUAAAUCAAUCAUUUGAACAAAGUUGUACAAUCCCUAAUUUCUUUUCAGACUACGACACGACAUUCCAGACUAAAGAACUGAAACAUUUGCUUUCUUAUGUUAAAAAUUUGAAAGAAUUAAUUGGAGAAAUAAAACAACGUAUAUCAUCAUGCAACGAAUUCAUAACUGACUGGAGAGAAGUACCGGUUCGUCAAAUGAUGUUAUAAUUGAGUUUCCCACUGUAUAGUUUUGUUAGUAAAAUAUAAUCAUCACGAAUAAACGUAAA